AUGUCUUACUAUGAUAUUGACUCCAUCUUGACUGAUGCACAGAAACUGCCGUGUACAUUCGAGCUUGAAGUACCCGGACUCGGUAUUUUAGAGGGCAAUGCGGGCGAAGAUAUCAAAGCCGGAACCCGGAUUGAUCUUCCACUAUGGCUAGGUGAAAUGCUCUCGAUCGGAGCGCGUCUCGGAACGUCCCGUCUAGUUACCCUCGACAUGCCCGAAGCGCUUUCGGAGCGGGUAAUGAAUGCCCUGAAGGCAGAUCCGCGCACGCUUGACUUGCGCGCUUUGGCACCGCAUUUCUACAACCUAAGCGAGCGGAUCCUCGAACUCUUCGAGGAAGAAGAGAUGGUCGAUGUUCUCGGAGAUGCAUUCAAGAAACGAGCGGCAGAUAUCGCUGAUCAUGCGCACAACUCGCGUGGUGCGGUCGGUGGCGGGGUUGAUUUCCUUCGCGGGUUGGAUGAGACUGAGCGACAAUUGUUCCGCGUUGCUCAUGAUCGGGCCAAGGACAUGCGGAUCUGGUCUGGAGAGGCGAAACGAUCUAACACUCAGGAGAAACCCCGCGUAAGGGCCAAAGUGAGACCCCACGGCCCCGAUCCGAUUGGUGUCGAGGAAAAAGAGCGACUUAACGCUAAUAGCGAAUUGAUCGUCGUGGCUAAGGAGCCUAUUGAAUCUAGCCUCGGGGGGGCUGGAAAAAAAAAGAAGAAAAAGCUGCGUCCAAACUGGGAAACCGGGGGCUUCUUGCGGCACGUCAAUUAUGCGCAUUCGGUAAACACUAUGCCGGCAGCCAUUAUGGAUGGGAAAACUCAAAGAAGGAGCUCGGCUGCUGGUCAGCCCGCUCCUUCACACUCUCAAGGCCCCGUAUAUCAUCCCAAGUCUGCACCCAAACGCAUCGUUUCCUCUAAAGACCACUCCUCCAACUUGUCAGAACGUCCUCAGCACCCAUCACUGUCCCGUGUCAAGGGCCGAGCGAAUAUGUUCACUCCGCCUCGAAUGAAUGCAGAGGUCUCAUGGCUAAGAGACCAGUCACCUAUUCACCCGGGCACAAAGACCCCGGUCCGCUCAUCUGAAACCCCCGAACCCGGUACCCCUACACUAGUAAACCCUGCCUCGGCUCUCUUGCAGGAUCUACUCAAAGAAGAACGCGCACACCGAAGUUCUCGAGGAACCAUAUCAGACCAAUUCAAAGAAAAUGCUCCUCAGACUCCCGAGACCACUCGAACCCAGGAAGAUACUGCAUCUGAAAAAGCACGCAAAGCGAGUGAUGUUUUCUCUGCCGGUCAGAGAAAGCCAAAAGAAAUGGGCAUGCGGGAAAUGGACCAAUAUGUCUCGAAAAUGAACAAGCUCAAUUUCGAUUUGAAGCUCGAGGUCUUCCACCGCACACAACAGAUGGCUAUCUAUGAAAAGAAGCUGGAGCGGAUGGCUGAGAUGGAAGAACAACUCGCGCACAUGGAUGAGUUGAUAGCAGAAGUGGAGGAGCUUCGAACCACCGAGAAGGACAACCAGAUCCUGCGUGAUUCCAACGAGCAACUACGCAUCGACCUUGACAAGCGAGAUAUGGCUGUUACCGAAGCCGUCGAGCUCAUCUGCCAGUUGGAAUCGAAGAUUGACAUGUUGGAAAAUGGCGGCCGGGCCUCCAGGCUGUCUAUGUCCCGGCCUAUGACCGCCGAUGGGUCCGAAGCCUUAGCAACGAAAUCCCGGGCCAUGGUAGACAUCCCAGAGAGAACCUCUUCUAAGCGAAAUUCAAGUGUCUUGAGCGUAGCUCAGCGCCAGACAUCUUCUGAGCUACGCAAACUUUCGAAAGCACCCUCCUUUCUACGAGCGGACAACAAAAGUACUGCCACUUUGCGAAGCCUUUAUGCUCCCGAAGAAGAAACCCAAUCACGCACUGCAAAGACUGAACUUACGAAAUCAGAAAGCUUCCACACGACUACCGAGGUUAUGGAGCCUGAGUCACCCAGAUUGAGCGUUCUGAGUGAAUGCAGUGAGCUGAAUCCGUUCGACACGCCUACGAGGUGGCAAGAAUUUGACCAGCUCGAGAUUCCUGUUCGGAGAUCGUCUUCGACAGGCAGCUUGGAUAGCUAUGUUCCCCCGCUGGGCGGGAAGAAAGCAAGAAAGAUCAGAUUGAUCGGUGGAUGCAGUCCCGCGAAGACCAUUCCCAGUUUUACAACAGACUUGUAUGCUCCCAAGCCGCGCGGACGUGGGCGACUGGAUGCAUCUCUCUUCGGAGGCGUCAGGCUUCCUCCCACUCCUGACACUAUGAGUACGGCAUAUGCUACCGGUGCCAACCGAUCGAAUGGGUCGAAUGGGAGCAUUACAGCUCGGAAGAGCCCGCAGACUGAACAGGAUUUGUUUUUCUCUGGUAGGCGAGUUAACCGCCCACGUUCGGCGGAAGAGAUGGCCAGUCGCUACAGUUUUGAUGGCAGAGUCACAGCUGACGAGUCGCGCACUAUCUUGCCCUCAUUCAACACUGUUUCCUCCAAAGCCAGCGCCCUUCUUGGGCCCGGAAGCCCCAACAACCCUGCUAUCGAGACCUUUGGAGAUCUGUAUCACGCAAAUGCCAACGAAGCAUCAACACCAACAAUUAAACGUGUCCGUAGCCCAACCAAAGCUAUGACUCCGGAGGCACACACUAGUGACCGCAACUCUUCAUCGCCACUCACACCUCAAGACUGGGUUGCCGCUGCAAAGCAGAGUCCACGGACUUGCAAGCCCAAGCCCCUUGAGAUCCGCCAGGGAAUUCAACAGACAGAGCUGCCAGCACGCACUGCCGUCAGGCCAGCUUCCUUCCAUGACGACAGCAGCAUCGCUUCUGAUCCAAGCGAGCCCGAAGUCCCUGGUAUCCCAACACUUGACAUGACCACUCUGGACAUCCUGGAACAACCUCUCGACCUCGGCCAGUCAAAGCCUAAAUCUGAAACCAACCACGAGCCCCGUCGACGCCUUAGUUUCAUACCUCCAUUCUUCAACCGGUCAAGCAACAACCCCCGUCGUGUACAAGGCUCCCCAGUUCCGAACGAAUUUGAAGACGACGAUGAAGAGGGCGCCCCGUCUCCAGUAAUUCCCAAGACCAGAACAAUGGGCGGCGCCUCUCAAAGACCCAUGUCUCAAAUAAUCACCGCCCCAACUGACCUAUACUCUUCCAACCCCCCAAUCCACAAUGGAGAGCAGCCCCAAGCCUUCAGACCACGAGGAUUCCCGCAAUCUUUGACAAUGUCAACACUUGCCGACCACCCCGGCUCCGCAACAGUCUCAGGACGCCCCUCCACAUCCCAUGGCAUAGAACACAAGCGGCGCAGCUCACUUGGCAUCUUCGGCUGGAUGAAGGGUAAACGUUCUGAUUCCGUGUCCGUCCACGGCAUGGAGAAGUCCAUUGACUCCGCGCCAAAAGAGAAUCGCGCUCCCUCGCGUCUAGCCUACGAAACUACUCAUGGGCUUGGAAUCCCGCGCGCCGAGACACCGGACUCUAUGGAGGCCCACGUUAGACCCCAUUUCGAGAUGGUUGUCCAUUCUGAUGAACAUGCAAGACGCCCUCGGUAUAUGGGCCGUCGUGCUCGCAGGGGCUGA